GGAUGCUCGGCGCGCGGCGAAGGCUGUGGCCGAGGAGGGGAUGAGGAGCCGGCGUGGAGGGGGGCGCUGCACACAAAAGCACCGAGUCUGUGUUGCCUGCGUUCAGUCAGUGUUGUGUUGUCAAGUUGCGUACGCGGCUAUCCAUGGAAGAACCGGCGUUGGAUUGCCGUGUGCCGCGAUCGCCCCGACUUAACCUGAUUUUCUGGACGAGUUGAGCCUUUGCCAAACUCUUCGAAGUCCACGAGCUCGUGCCGGCGAGUUCUGCGCGCGUGCGGAUCAAGACUGAUAUUUAUUUCCUACUAAUUUAUAAGGAUGGUGGCGGCAACGAGUUUGCUGUCUCAACACAUUAAAACUGAAGGAGAUCUUGCAAAGAGGCCUGUGUCUUGGAGGUUCCCUGAAUCUGGAGCCAAAGGAAAGAUGCUGAAGCGUGAUCGCCGUGACUACUUCAUGCGGAGUGCCUCUCUGGAUAGAUUACGUCAAUUUCCUGCAUACCUUUGUACUCGUAGCUCCUCUGCUUUUCCAAAUGUACUAUUGUUUCUGAAUACUGCAAUAACAGCAGUUCAAGCUGCCCUGAAAAAUGGGGUAGCACUUGUGCAGAGGUAUUAUCUCGUGGGCACAGUUGUUGCUGCUCUGAUAAUUGUUGGAUUGCAAUUGGUGCUUUGCAGCAUUGUUCUCUUCCUUGGCAACAAACCACCAGGGCUUCUAUUUAUGGUAGCAAGUCUUUUGCUGAUGGCUGUGAUUGCCUACAGAACCUUCGUCCAUAGAAUGCCACGAAGCAGAUUCCACAAAUUCAAGCGAAGUUGAAUUUGUUGCAAUUUUCCUCCAAGUACCUUGAAGACAUUCUGAAUAAAAAUCAUUUUGAUAAUUAUUAUUCAGGCACUGUGAAAUGUAAACAGUUUACUAGUACUUUAUGUAUCAUAAACUUUAGAGUUGAAAGUUCAUAACUGAAAGUUCUAACAAAAGAUAUCGAUGUCUCAUUACUGCAUAAGAGUUCUUGAAGAAUUCAUAUUGCAUAGUGUUUAAGUGGGAGAUAUUUUUGAAUAUGGAGUGUAGAAAAUUUUAGAAAAAAUUGUUAAAGAAUGAUAAUAAAUGUUUCAAUGAAAGUAUUCUUGAUGUUAAUUUAAUAACACGAAAUAUCUUGCACUGAUCAUUGUUGGUGUAUUUAUUAUGAAGAACCCAAACAUAUAAAUGCAUUGUGAUGUGUAAAUAAUUUUAUAGACAUGUACUGUAUUAUUUUGUAUAAAACAUUUUAGAAAUGACUCGGUAGUUACUUGUGGAUUCAUAUUAACCUUCCCUCCUCACAAAAUAAGAUCGUGGAUGUCUGGUGGAAAUAAAAAUGCAGCUCUGGAGAAAAUAUGCAAAACUAUAAUUAGCAAAUUUCACUUUUUUAAAUACAUUUGCUUUAAAAGAUUAAUUGAAUUUAAGAGAUUUUUCUCUUUAAAACUUAAUAUCAUUGCUUGUUAUCCAUUUGAUAGAUACACAUAUUUGAAUUCAUUUUUCCUUCUAAAGAAGAAAACCAAUGUGCAACACUGACGGACAUGAAAUAUUCCUUAAAGAUUACAAAAAGAUUACAAAAUAUUGAUCUGUGUUGCUGAGACAGCAGUUUUCAACUGAAAAAGCUUUUGCUUUGGAGAAAAAAACUUUUUUAAAUCUUGAAUUUCUGUGCCUCUUUUGGAUUGAUUUUGACAAAUUGUCAGUGAAAUGAAUAAUACAAUACUAGACAAUUGUUUUAUAAUUGGACAUCUUGACAUUUCAUUCCUUUGGGAUGGGAUCUUCAAUUGUAACAUAACUCAAUGAAAACCUAGAUAAUGCAAGAUGAAUAAGCUAAACUGCAUAUUUAUACAAAUGUACUACAAUAACAAAGAAAAAUCUAAUGUUAAAAGAUUUAACUUGUGUGAAUUGUUUUGUUUUUUUAUUACUCCGUCAAUGAGAACAUUAAUUUCCUGUAAAAUAUCAGUAACUAAUAUCAUUACAGACUAGCCUCUUUUUUUCAAAUGCUGCAGGAACGUAUAAAGGCUCUUUGCUUAGGACAACCAUGUAUUCUGGAAGCAACUGUAUUCCCUCACUGGGCAGUCUAUGCCAAGCCUAUCACCAUAAUAUCUUGGGAAAUUUCUUUAUAUGGUUUACUUAAAGUUGUGUUAUCAAUUUGUAGCUGUCUAAGAUUUAAGGAAACAAACAUAAAUGUACUUUCACUUUAUAGAUUUAUUUAUGAGACUAUAGUCUUUGAAAGUCUGUAACAUUAUUAUGCAAAACUGACGUUAUACGGGAAAUAAAGAAUCAAGUAAUCACAUACCAUUUUUAAUCAAACAAAAUAAUAAAAAAAAUUAUUAAUAAAUUAAAUAUGAAAAUAUCAAAACAAAAAAUUGUAACAUUCCAAAUAAAAAAGUGUAAGAAAGGAGUAGUAUGUAGCAUGAUUCUCAAGAGAUCCUUGAGAAGUAAAAUAUGUAAGCUAUUCUGAUACUUUACAUUGAUUACAUCAAAGACAGACUAAACAUCAGCAUUCUUGAAUACAAUAUAUUGAUGAAACUAUUACCAAUAAAUGGUCACAGAAUGUAAACAAAUCAACUUAUUAUGAGGUAGAAGAGAUCAAUAAAUUCAAUAAAUUUGGUCAAACUAUUAGGUAAGUCCUUUCUAAGUUAUUUUGACAAAUAAAGGAAUGAUACAGUGACAUGUCUUAUUUAUUAAAUCUACUUAUUCUUUGUUGCAAAACAAGGAUUCCAAGUCACAUGAAAAUAAAUGAAAUAGUAAGUGUUGGCGCAAAAAGCAAAAUACUACUACAUGAGAAGGUAAAACUUCAGUUUCAGUUGACUUAAUUGUGUGUAGUAAUUAAUUUUAGUGAAUGUAAUUGUGGGUAGUAAUAUUUUCCUCAUAAGGUAUAAUGAGAAAUAAAAUAAAAGUAAGCCUUAUUUUAUAUUCUUAUUUAGACAACAUUUUUCAUUUUUUUGCAGCAAGUUUCUAGAGUUCUCUCGUGCCUGUUUUUCCAGUUGGUUAAUGAGUCACACUAUCACCAUUGUCAUCAGAAGGGGGCAAGUUGGAGCAACUUGCUGCAGCGGCUGAGUUAAUUGAGGC